AUGAAAAUGAUCGAAAAGCCUAAGGUCAUAUUCAUCCCUUACCCGGCUCAAGGCCACGUCACCCCAAUGCUACAUCUCGCCUCGGCCUUUCUCAGCCGUGGAUUCUCCCCUGUCGUCCUCACGCCGGAGCCCAUCCACCGUCGGAUCUCGUCGGCUAAUCUCGGCCGUGAGAUCGAUUUCAUCCCUUUAUCCAACGGUCCAGAUUGUCCGGACGCGUCGCCGGGAGAUUUCUUCUCCGUCGAGAACGCCAUGGAAAACGUCAUGCCGUCUCAGCUAGAGGGGAUACUGCUUCGUGCCGGCGCGAGAGUGGGUUGCGUGGUGGUGGAUCUGUUGGCGUCGUGGGCCAUAAGAGUUGCCGGCCGGUGCGGAGUUCCGGCGGCCGGAUUCUGGCCGGCGAUGUUGGCUUCGUACCGUGUGAUCAAUGCCAUUCCCGAGCUUGUACGGACGGGCGUCAUUUCCCGUUCAGGUCGUCCUCGUCAACCGGAAAGCCAGAUUUUCUUGCCGGAGCAACCAGUUCUGACCGCCGGAGAACUUCCAUGGCUGAUCGGAACUCCGGAAGCUCAAAAGGGAAGAUUCGAAUUCUGGGAAAGAACCCUAGAAAGAUCCAAAACUCUCCGGUGGAUCUUGGUGAACUCCUUCAAGAGCGAGUACGAUCAUCAUCUCAUCGGCCAGAACACAUCCUACAAACGUCGGAACGAAGAAGACAAAGAGAACGGUCCACGUAUCAUUCACGUCGGCCCCUUGAACAAGAUCCAUGCAGAUACCACGUUGACAAAAAACCCUAGCUUUUGGGAAGAAGACAGAACAUGUCUCGACUGGCUCAAACAACAAAAACCAAACUCAGUAAUCUAUGUCUCAUUCGGAAGCUGGGUCUCUCCCAUUGGAGAGUCCAAGAUAAAGAGCUUGGCUCUAGCCCUAGAAUCGUCAGGGAAGCCAUUUCUCUGGGCAUUGAAACCUGCAUGGCAAGAGAGUCUACCAAAAGGGUUCAUGAAAAGGGUAACGACUAGGGUUAAGAACCAGGGGAAGAUCGUGAACUGGGCGCCUCAAAGGGAGAUCCUUAAGAACGACAUCGUAGGUUGUUAUCUGACACACUGUGGAUGGAACUCAACUAUGGAAGCAGUGGAAUGUUCACGGAAGAUGUUGUGUUAUCCAGUGGCCGGAGACCAGUUCGUGAACUGUGGUUACAUCGUUGAUGUCUGGAGGGUUGGGGAUAGGGUUUUAGGGUUUGGAGAAAAGGAAGUUGAAGAAGGAGUGACGAGAGUUAUGGAAGAUGAUGAGAUGGGCGAGAGGUUGAAGAAGCUGAGAGAGAAGGUCAUGGGCAUGGCGAGUGAAAGUGAUUUUAGUUUUGGGGAUGUAUUUGUGGAAUAUUUUGAUUAGAUUUUCGAGAUAUAAUUAGUAAAUUAUGGUUAGGGCAAUGAUUUUUACUG